GAUGAAUUUGAAAAUGAGCAAAAGAAGAAGAAAAGCAUUGCUCUCAAGUCAAAUAAGGAUAAAGAUAAGAAGAAAGGAGUUGUACUUAAAGUUGACUCAAGUGACAACUCAAGUGCUUCAAGUGAUGAUGAUGAUGAAAUGGCUAUGCUUGCAAGAAAAUUCAAAAGAGCUUUCAAGAAGGGAGGAAGUAAAUACAAGAAAUUCCUAAAAAAGUAUACUCCCAAGGAUAAACGUUUCAAGGAUUCAAAAGAAGAAGUUGUAUGUUAUGAGUGUCACAAACUAGGACAUAUCAAGCCCAAAUGUCCAUUGCUCAAAAAGAAGAAAGGAAAAGAAGACAGGAGCAAGAAAGCUAUGAAAGUAGUAUGGAGCAACAGUGAAGAAUCUUCAAAUGAUGAAUCAAGUGACAAGGAGACUGCUCACCUCUGUAUGAUGGCAUUCGAAGAGAAAGUCGAAAGUUCACAAAAGGAAGAAGAAAGUGAUAAUGAGGUUUGUUUCAAAGGGAUGAAGGAAAGUGAAAAAUGGUAUGUAUAUAGUGGUUGUUCAAAGCACAUGACUGGUGAAAAGGACAAGUUUUCAAAAAUCACAAUGGUAGAUGGAGGACAUGUGAAAUUUGGAGAUAAAGAAAAAGGAAAAAUAAUUGGAAAUGGCACAAUUAGAACCAAACCUUGCAUUGAAGAUGUGUCACUUGUUGAAGGUUUGAAAUACAACUUGCUAAGUGUAAGCCAACUUUGUGAUAAAGGUUUUGAAGGCAUGUGCACAAGGAAAGCAUACAAGAGCAUCUUUUAA